UUCGAUGAACAAGAAGCAAUCGAAGAAAAAGAGGCAAAAUUUUCGAUUUCCUAUGCAGGGAAAGUGACACCUGUGGUCUUUAUGACUACCAAAAGUGCACAAAACCUGAAGCGUUUCCAUUGCAGUAACCCAAAUUAGCCCCAUUACCAUUACCCCUACAUGCCAUUCAACCGCCAAGCCGAUGCCCACUCCAAACCCCUCGACGUUUUCAAUCCUUACAACGAUGAACACCUCCUGAUUUUGUUGGGGUUUUCAAGAAUCAUUGUUUUAACAUCUGGGUUUUGCAAUGGACGACGGAGAGUUCUCGAUGGAAUUGGAUAUGGCGGUUCGAGUUGUUCAUUUGGCGUGUGCCCUUUGCCGGAGAGUUCAAGAGGGUUUGGUUUCGGCCGAUAAUGCCCAAGUUAUGGCCAAGGAUGAUGAUUCUCCGGUGACGAUUGCUGAUUGGAGUGUACAAGCAACUGUUAGCUGGAUCCUUUCCGAAUACUUUGGAAGCAAAAACGUAUCCAUUGUCGCUGAGGAGGAUGUACAAACUCUUUCUAAGCCGGAUUCGAGAACUCUGUUGUCAGCUGUGGUAAAAACCGUAAAUGAAUGCUUAGCUGAAGCUCAAAGAUAUGGCCUUCAAUGUCCACCUAGAGAACUCGGAACUUCUGAAAUUCUCGAGGCUAUAAGCCGGUGCAAUUCAACCGGUGGCCCGACAGGAAGACACUGGGUGCUCGACCCUGUUGAUGGAACAUUGGGUUUUGUUCGUGGGGAUCAAUAUGCCGUUGCUUUGGCCUUGAUUGUAAAUGGUGAAGUAGUUCUUGGAGUUCUUGGAUGUCCUAAUUAUCCAUUGAAGAAGGAAUGUUUUGAUUAUCAUUAUAAGGCAGCGACACCGAAAUCAUCGCAACCAUGUUCCGGUACCUUCGAAAAAGGUUGUGUAAUAUAUGCAAGGAGAAGCUGUGGUGGGGCGUGGAUGCAGCCAUUAGUCCAUGGCGAUGAGAAGCUCGAAUGGCCAAACUCAGCUAGCCUUGUUCGAGUUUCUUCCAUUGAUGACCCAGCACUUGCAACUUUCUGUGAACCUGUGGAGAAGCGGAACUCGAACCACUCGUUCACCGCAGGGCUGGCUCACAGUGUCGGGCUUAGGAAGCAGCCGUUACGAGUCUAUAGCAUGGUAAAGUAUGCUGCCAUAGCUCGAGGCGAUGCCGAGAUUUUCAUGAAGUUUGCAAGGACGGGAUACCGAGAGAAGAUAUGGGACCAUGCUGCUGGUGUUAUCAUUGUAGAAGCAGCAGGAGGCGUGGUAACGGACGCAGGAGGUCGUCCCUUGGAUUUCUCAAGGGGAAUAUACUUAGAAGGUCUCGACCGGGGAAUAGUUGUUUGCUCGGGGCCAAUCUUACAUGAGAAAAUCAUUGGAGCAGUCUAUGCCAGUUGGGAUUCUUCCAGUCUAUAAAAGCUUUCCCGACAAACGAUCGAUCGAGUCGACUGACUAGCCACCAUUAGGUACUUAUUUCUACCCAAACUGAUUCAUCUGAUUAAAUUCUUGUCUGAUAGAGCCAUUUGAAUAAAGUUUGUUCAUAUCUUCUGAUUGGCUGGCUGCAAUGUGAUGAAUGUUCUUGGCAUUUGUUCUUUACUACAUGACUUUCCAGUA